AUGCUGAGAAUGCCGGAGACGGAGAUGAGUUGGAGGCGCAGAAUGCCGAGAAUGCCGACGACGGGGAUGAGCCGUUGCGAGCCUAGCAUUAUAGGUGUCUGGUGUAAGUAUAAUAUGAAAAUGACUUUUCAUGCUAGUAAGUUGUACUGUAUUUGCAAAUUAAAGAGUGUCAUCAACACGACGCAAAAGCUCGAUGAAAUGAUGCUCAGAACAACAAUGGCUGCUCUGUUUCACCCCACCACGAAGCCGUACUCUUUACCCCUCAAGGCUUUCGUCUCACAAUCGCUUCACAAACCCCGGUGGUUAAUAAUUCGAAAAAGCUACCCUCGAGCUGAAAGAACGAUCUUAUCCAUCAACACACCUCAUUCUCUAUCAUCUACAACAGUUCCCCAAAUUUCGAACGACACGACUUCUGAUUUGGACAACAGUUACUUGUCAUGCUCAAUGCCCAAUUGCAAGCGCCCUCUCAAAAUUGCAGUUCUUCUCAGUGGUGGCGUUGAUAGCAGUGUCGCACUUCGCCUCCUCCACGCAUCCGGACACUCGUGCACCGCUUUCUACCUUAAAAUCUGGUUCAAAGUGCGUAUUCUUUUCUUUUGA